UGCAAAAAUGGUCUGGGCUUUUCUUGUAACGCUAUCAGGAAUUUAUCUAUGACUAAAGUGUGGCUGCAAAGCCUUUUAACUUUUUUUUUUUUUUUUUUCCCCUCCCCAAAGCUACUCAAGCAAGUGCAACUAAGUCUUCACUCCGGUUCUUUUUCUGGCUUGUUUAAGCCUCACUAUUAUAAAUAAGUUGUAUUAAAUGUGCGGGAUGGGGCUUAACUUUUGCACAUUAAUAUUUUUGGGGAAAAAAGGGUAUAAUUUCAAUGUGAUGCAGGCAAACUUGUAAGGAAGUGUCAGUCGCCACGCCAAUCAGACACCUUUGUUCGCUAACGAUCCAGCCAGUGACGGUCACUUCACUUCGAUGUGGCGUUUCGUGAAUUCGAGGUGAAUAACGCGUAUCGCACAAACUGGUGUGCAAGCUGUUUGCGAUAGUUGUUUUUUUUUUUUUUUUUCCCUCAACCGCUGUGGGAUGAUUUAACGGACGUUUUUAUUCGUGCUCAUCAAGUUGGAUUAAUGCAGAACGGGAGGGACUUUUCCUGUGUCGGUUUCGUUCUGGACCUGAAACGCAUAUUUGACAGGUGAGGGAGAUGCAACAUGGAGCGGAAUGGACCGAAGUGUGACUCCAGGGGGACAAAGAGUCAAAUAUGUCAGAGAACAACCUACUUGAACUCGUUCACCUGGAGGUGACUGGCUGGGGGAGUGCGUGUGUGAAAGGAGAACCAUCCAGCCCCCAUGGCUUCCUCGACAGAUCCGUCCCGCAGGGAAAAGGGUCCAGCGACACAAGGUUCGCACACGGCAACACGCAACCUCUUACGAAAGAAGGAACAGCGUCGCCGUGGAAUCCGAUCCUCCUCGCCCAUGGGUCGGGUCAUCCUCAUCAACUCUCCUGUAGAUGGUGGAGAUGACAGUGAAGACCUCCACACAGUCACAGUGGAUAAGAGUGUGGACGGGAAGCUCGGCUUCAGCGUGCGUGGCGGCUCGGAGCACGGCCUCAGCAUUUUCGUCAGUAAGGUGGAGGACGACAGCACGGCGCAGGAGGCAGGCCUGCAGGUCGGAGAUAAGCUGGUGGAGGUGAAUGGCGUCAGCCUGGAGAGCAUUACCAUGAGCAGCGCCGUGAAGGUGCUGACGGGCAACAACAGGCUAAGGAUGGUGGUGAGGCGAGUCGGGAAAGUUCCCGGCAUCCGCUACUCGAAGGAGAAGACAACCUGGGUGGACCUGGUCCAUAGGCGGAUGGUGGUGGAGGAGAGCGGGCAGACCCCUUCAGAAGCCAGUUCUGACAGCGCUCUGCAGAGGAUCGUCCACCUUUACACCACCUCUGACGACUACUGUCUCGGCUUUAACAUACGAGGGGGGAAGGAGUUUGGUCUUGGCAUCUACGUCUCAAAACUGGAUCCAGGCGGUUUGGCUGAGCAGAACGGGAUUAAGAUUGGAGACCAGAUUCUGGCUGCCAAUGGAGUGAGCUUUCAGGACAUCAGCCACAGCAAUGCUGUGGAGGUGCUGAAGAGCCACACACACAUCAUGCUCACUAUUAAGGAAGCAGGGAGGUACCCUGCUUAUAAAGAAAUGGUAGCAGAAUACAGGUGGUUGAAUAACUUGGCCAAUGGUACUCAGCCAUCUUCCUCCCAGGCUUCAGACUCCAACUCUUCAGCCUCCUCUCUGUCGUCUGGGACCCCGGUCAGCUCCCUGAGCGGCCUGUCGCAAGUCAUGUUUCCGCCCAGCCUGCCGUUCGGUUCAGACAUGGUGGACGUUUGCAUCUCCACAGAGGACUUGAGGUUCAAGUCUGAACUAACAGAUUCCGCCAUCCAGACAGACUUUUCCUCUCAGAGAAUGGAAACGGACACCACCCGCAGCCUGGGACCAACCACGCUGCUCAAAGACACGGCGAUCCGUGGAGAGGAGAGCAGGAGGUGGAAGGAAUCUCCCAAAACAGCCGUGCUGCUGGCGCUAAGCAGACCAAGUCGACCAAUCAGCAGGUCGCAGAGCCAGGUCACUGUAGCAGAGAUCAAUCAGAAGAAAGACAAGAAGAAGCAGAAAGAGAAGCAAGCAGAGGAGAAAAGCACUCUGCAGCGCUCAAAGACCUUUGUUAGCCUGCUGUUCAAAGGAGGGCGCAAGAGAGACGCCUCCGGUGGGCGCUCCAAAUCACCAUUCAGAGAAAGCAAAGAGGGACGAAAUGUCAGUGUGACGCCAAACUCAGAGAUGCUUGGCGUGGUGGAGGACAUGGCCCGAAGGCUGCUGACGGAGGAGGAGGUGUCUGCUGUGAUGACGGCAUGCCAAAUGUAUACAACAGAGAGGUCAGUGGAGAACUUGAUACGCCACCUGCUGGUUGUGCUGGACCGACCUGAAAAGCUUCUGCUUCUGAGGGAAGUCAGGCUUGUGCUUCCACCAUCCGAUCUGAGUGUUUUCAACAACAUGGUGACCGCUGUUGAAGCUGAAGCCUACGAUCUCCUCAAAUAUCGGUCAGUCCGAACUCCUCCUCUCCGCUCCCCCAUUUCUGGUCGAGCCCCCAAACGGCGCCUCAUCACACCCAUCCCAGAUUAUAGGGGUGGCUUUGAGCUCCACAGUGCUGAGGAGGUGGAAAAAGAGAGCCACCUGCUGGAGGAGCUGGAGAAGCUCAGCCUGACUGGCUCUCAGGGAUCCAGGGGGAGAACGAAGACCUCGAGUUCUUUCUCAGCUCUUCUGGACAUACCUGUGGAUGGAUAUAAGCCAGAGUCCAGAAGCAUCAGAUCCCGCUCUGCUGGUCCCUUGCUCCCCAACUGGCUGCUCGCCCACAGCAGUGACUCCCCGCCUCCUCUACGUACAGACAUUGGCACCGUUCGCUCCGUCCACUUUGACGAGGCUUCUCUGCGCUCACCUUCAGAGAAGGUGGAGACAAACUCUGAGAGGGGAAGGACUUUCUUCAGGAACAGCCACUCUCAGGGCAGGAGGGAGAGAAGUGCCGAGAGGAGUAAGAACGUUGCGUUCACCGUGCAGAGUGCGAACCGCAGGAGUCGACCCUUGCUGUCGCAGGUGUUCGGUACGAGUCAGGAGCGACAGAUGAACUGUCAUCGGACUUCUUCGGAGAACAGGCUCAACUGUACCGAGCCCGAACAGGAGCAUCGACUGAAGACGGUCAGCAUCUCCAAGACCAAACAGUCUCUGGGCAUCAGCAUUUCCGGUGGGAUCGAGUCAAAGGUUCAGCCAACCGUGAAGAUCGAGAAGAUCUUUCCUGGAGGAGCCGCCUCCAUGUGCGAGGUGCUUAAGGCUGGAUUGGAGUUGGUGUCUGUGGAUGGAGUUUCCCUCCAAGAAGUGACCCACCAGCAUGCCGUUGACGUCAUCCGCAAAGCCUUCAGCAACAAGGCCAAAGACCCCAUGGUGUUUGUGGUCAAAGUUCCCAAAACCUUCUAAAAAAAAAAAGACAAGUUUGAGCUCAAUUUGUGAGAAUUAUAGAAACGGUGACUGUAGGGACAGGGGUCAGGUAUGUCAUUUCACCAUUAAUUUCAAAGAGAGCGACAUGCUGCAUCACCUUGAUGAUCAUAGGAGUUAAGGAUUAUGAAAAAAACAUUGUAAAAAAGUUUUGUUCUGCUUUUGCAGCUGGAUUCAUCCAUUCAAAGAGACAUUUUGAAAAACAAGUGCUCCAUUUGUUUUUUGCAACCGCUCUGAAGAAUACAUUUGUACAGUAAAGUAAUUUGAGUGCCUUUUAAACUUUUAUGACAGUCUAUGCCUUUUUCAACCUGCAGAGGGCAGACAUGAGCCAUUUAAACAAAAUCAAGUGUUACAGAAAAACUUCAAAUGUCAACCAAAGUAGAUCCUACACAACCAGGCCGGAGAUGGUUUCAGCUAAAUACUGACCCUGUCAAAACUUUAAAACAUGCAGAAUCUGAAUAAUAAAAAAAUAAAUAAAUAAAACAUGAAACUUGAUUUUAAAUCAUAUUUUAAUUAAAACCAUAUUGGUUUUGUUCAAGAAAUGUACAGCAUGAAAAUAUACAUUUAAUGUCUUCAUACAAAUAUUGAAGGUUAUAAAAUUUAUAGUGAGGAAACGAACAAAAAUUCACACGAACGGUUAAACCAAGCUUUGUAUCUGUUUGAGGAAAAUAGACAUGUUGGACAUUGCUUUGGUCUAUUCACAGUGGUUAUGUUUUUUUAUUUAUGGGGACAGGCAGACGCCUGUGGGAGCAAAAAGACGAUAUAUAAACCCUAUUUGCGAAAGAUCUGAUAAAACAAAAACAUUUGGACUUCUGGUUUAGUGGAACUAAAACGUUAAAGAUCAGUGGAGGAAGCGAGUAGUCCAAAUACAUUCGUCAGUGCAAGAACUCUCCGUUUCAGGGACGUAAACAACAAAUCUAAUAACAUCCCAGAAAAAUAGAGGAAACGACAACUUUUUCCUGGUUAGAAGCCGAUGCUGUCUCUAAUGUGGCUUAGUGCUGAAACAUGCUUCUCUUUACUCUUGCUAGAGAACAAUGAGCCCUUCGCGUCACCAAGCAGAAGGUUUACUGAACUCUGCUUACAUUUUAUCCCGUGCUUUGCCGAAGACUUCACACCUCUUCAACUUUUUCCACAUUGUCAUGUUUCAACCACAAACUUUCAUCUAUUUUAUGAGGGUUUUUUUGGUGACAGAUGAGCACAAUGUUGCGCAUAAGUGGAAGGCAUAUGACGCAUGUUUUUAAACAAUUAUUUACGGACAGCUUUACUCUGAUACCCCUAAAAAUAAUCUAGCGCAACGAAUUGCCUUCAGACAUCGCCUUCGUUGACGAAUGCUGUUCAAUUCGUCAUCCACACAAAAUCCCAAUAAAGUCCAAUGACGUUUGUGGCGAUGACAUGGCAAAAUAUGGAGGAGUGAACACUUCUGCAAAGCACUGCAUCUAAUGGUGUAUGAUGACCACUGUAAUUUCUGCCCGACUCUUUAUCUUAACUGACAUCCAUUCAUAUUUUCUCAUCAGGAAGCAGUUCAGCUUAGCUUGCAUACUGGCUUUAAAGAUCAAAACAAGCCUGAACAGAUUAAACUCACGUUGGCAGCUGCAUAUCUCGAGGCCACAACGAUAAAUAGGGAGAUCAAACGGGAACAUGCAUUGAAACUUGCUGCCAGGCUCGUAUACCGUAAAGCAAGUGGUGUUAUUUAGAACAGUGUAAUUUAUGCUGCGAAAAAGCCAAAAGAACUUUUGACCAUUACUCAGAGGUAACUGGGUAAUCUAUGGGUGAGAUUAUUUUUAAGUUGGUAUGUAAAGGUGGAAAAGGGAAACCGGUGCGUCUUUAAUGGAAGGUGUCAAUGUUACUUACUGUAGGUUUUGUUUCAUAAUAUAGUUCAGAACCUCAAUGCUAAUUUGUUGCUACAGGGAUAGUACAGACUCUUUCAGCGGAUUUAUGGCUGUCCGCGAAUGUAGUUUAGGUAAAAACAAAAAUGAUCUGAACUCUGCCACCAUCCAGUUUCUCAAAGACGUUAACACCUAAAUCUUACCAUGACACAAUGAAUCUGUGGUUGACACGUCAACCGUAUCAGUGAAACUGUGGACAGAGUGGGAGUGCAACGAUAAACCCAGCAGGGAUACUGCGGUCAGAACCAGGACAGGAGGAGGAGGAUGGUGGCGAACGUUGACCGAAGUUACUCACAAACUCCUAAAGGUGCGAAAUAUCACCAGGACUCGGCCGUCUCAUCAGUGCAGUGGCAGCCUCUAAUGUAGGAGGAGCAGAGAGCCGAUGUGGUUAAUGACAUUUAAAGGUCGACAACUCUCAAGUGCGACAGUCGUCACAGCUGUUAGUCACAUAAAGAACACAAGAUAUUGCUUCAGGGGAAGGGAGGUGGGGCGUUAAAUGUAGUGCAAAUAAAA